AGCUGCAUGCUCUCGGAGUGUGACAGAGAUAGAGCGAUUCCAUGAACGAGGAAGGAGACACAUGCACAAGCAAAGGCAGAGAUGAGGAGCAAGCACUGAGCUAGAGGUACCGUGAGUCGAGGAAAGAAAAACAGGGGGGAAGGAGAGGAAGGAGAGUCGGGAAGGUUGAAGGAAGGAGGCAGACAAGAGAUGAUGAUGGAGGACUAAAAUAGAGUUUUUAUUGCAUGUUUUUUUUGCGGCAGAUGUGACUCUUGACUGAAAUUCACCAAAGGUACCAGAGGACAGCACUGCCUUCUCUUCUCCAGCUCUGCCUAACUGGAUGCAGCAAAGGCGGCUGAUUUAUUACUGAGGGGCUGGGUGGCAGUGUGUGUGCGUGUGUGUGCAGGUUUUUAUGGUCCUUGCAGCGUGCAGUGCUGUGGGAGAAGGACCAUUCCUCCAGUCAUAAAAUGACAUUCAGCAGGCAGCGGCUCUGUGCACCCGUGCGGAUCUGCAGCACUCAGUAAGACGAUUCGUAGCUGUUUACCUCUGAGGUAGUGGGAGAUCAUGUGCCAUAUGUUUGUGUGUUUAGGCUAGAGAGGCAAGGGUGCAGCAAAGGCACAGUGCGGACGAUGCAAGGAUGGAGCGGGACGCCUGAUGGCAGGGACUGCAGCUGAAGUGCAGAGAGUGGCCUGGAGGUCAGCAGGACGAAGAGCAGAACAGAGGAGAACGUAGGAGACAGAGCAGGGGCGAAGGAGAUCAUGGCUGUCAUAGAGUGAGAAAUAGCAUAUGCUGUAGCGUUAGAUCAGAGUGGUGCGGCAGGGGGGAGGAAAGGCAUCACUGUAAAAAGGGGGAGGGGGGAGAAACCAAGAGAGAGAAGCAAUCAGCUUAGCACCUCAUCGGGAGGAGGAAGACAGGACAGAACCAGGACACAGCAGAAAUGGUCAUUUAGGACAGUGUGUAGAGGUCAGGGAGUUGGUGUGGGACAGAAGGAGAUCUGGGGGGGUCCGGUCCCCUGUUCCUGCUACUGGCAGGACCAGAGGCCCCCAGGAGCUGAAGGUGUUCCCCUGAAGAAAGAAGAGGACAGAUUUUGGCUGUGGUGAAAGACCUGUCCCCUCUCUGUCGCCAUGGGAGAAUGGACCAUUUUGGAGAGGCUGCUGGAGGCAGCUGUCCAGCAGCACUCUACUAUGAUUGGGAGGAUCCUGCUGACUGUGGUGGUGAUCUUCCGUAUUCUUAUAGUGGGAAUAGUGGGAGAAAAGGUCUAUGAGGAUGAACAGAUAAUGUUCAUCUGCAACACCAUGCAGCCUGGCUGCAACCAGGCUUGCUAUGACAAAGCCUUUCCGAUCUCUCACAUCCGUUACUGGGUGUUUCAGAUCAUCCUGGUGUGCACUCCAAGCUUGUGCUUCAUCACAUACUCUGUGCACCAGUCGGCCAAAGCGCGAGACCGCAGCUACUCUCUGCUGCACUCCCACAUGGACCACUAUGGACAUGGCCACGGCCGCCACCACGACCACCAUACCCGCAAGCUGCACUCUCGCAACAUCAACGGCAUCCUGGUGCACCCCGACAGCAAAGAGGACCACGACCUCCUGGAUGUGAAGGAGAUCCCCAAUGGGCCCAGCCGGGGCCUGCCUGUCACCAAGAGCGCCAAAGUGCGGCGGCAGGAGGGCAUCUCCCGCUUUUACGUCAUCCAAGUGGUCUUUCGCAACGCACUGGAGAUAGGCUUUUUGGCUGGCCAGUACUUCUUGUAUGGCUUCAAUGUACCUGGGAUGUUUGAGUGUGACCGAUACCCAUGUGUCAAGGAGGUGGAGUGUUACGUGUCUCGGCCCACAGAAAAGACCGUCUUUCUGGUCUUCAUGUUUGCAGUGAGUGGAAUAUGUGUGCUGCUCAACCUGGCAGAGCUUAACCACCUCGGCUGGAGGAAGAUAAAGACAGCCAUCCGAGGGGUACAAGCUCGCAGGAAGUCCAUUUGCGAAGUACGUAAGAAGGAUGUUUCCCACCUGUCCCAGGCUCCAAACCUGGGCAGGACCCAGUCUAGUGAGUCCGCCUAUGUCUGACAGAGGCUCCUCUGGCCGGGGGCUCGAGGACCUGUCAGACUGUGGAGGAGAGCUUUAUCCUGGCUUAGUAGCCCCAAUUUAAGGGGCACCAUUUAGACUCAUCAGUAGAUUACUAUUGAGGAGCACACACAGACUCUCUGUAGUUACAUUGAAGUUCAGAGACACUUGAAGAAUCACUUCCAAAAAGGCACUGUGUUGCCUUUUCUUGUACAAACUGUACCAGAGGGCUUGGCUCUGCCUAGGUGACACUAGGUGCCUUCAUGAACUCCACUUAAUAGACUGAAAACCCAAGUUGAAUUAUGUAGUCUUUAUUAUUAGCCUUUUGCUGUUGGUUUAUUAAAAACAGCCCCCCAUUUUUAAUGUGUGCAUAUGCAAGAGCUUAAGCGUGUGCAUGCACAGGCAUGUAUGUGGGAAAAAAGCCAAUGUCUGACUCAUGUCAGAAUCCUGAAUGCUUAGCUAAUCUGAGCUGCUAGAAAGAGAAGGACAACUUUAUAACUGUAAGUCAAUUAUGGACUUGAUGCACCUUUUUAUUUAUGCUUAAAUAAAGAAACAAACAGCACUAAAAUGACUAACUUUAACUGGAACAUGUCUCUGUACUGUACUAAGCUUUUUAUGAAACUCUAGUCCACUCUUUGUCACUUUAGGUGCCAGACUGAUGUUGUUAUGGACUUCUGCUGUAAGUCAGCAGCAGAGCUUUUGUUACACAAUCACUUGUUAUUGUCAGCAGAUACACUUCAGCACUGUGUAACACACAACCUGAUAGUGAUGCCUUUGAGGCACACUGUUUCUUUCAGAGUCACCAAACAGUCCAGAGCAGUGUGUUUGUUAUCACUGUCUAUAGGGUUAUCGCUGUUACAUACAACUUUUUCAACUAUUGUAGCCACAGAUAUUUUCACAUUUAACUCAAGAUUUUUCACAAACAAAUGGUGCAUAUUGUACAUAAAUGAAGUGUAUGACUUAAGCCUUUUUCCUGUGCAGUACAGACAAGCUGCUUUGGAUUGGGGGGCUGAGGUUCAGGUGAAAAUAAAGAUGAAUCAUAGAUGUCCAGCUUUAACAAUAUGUAUUAAUAAUGUGCUUUUUGUUAAGUCUUCACUGUGGAGACUAUAGCCCCAAAGUGUUCUCCCUAUGGACAAUGAAAGGCAUGUUAUUGAAGCAUUACUAGAAUGGAUAGAUAAUGACAUGUAAUUUAAAACACAAAUGUUUUAUUUAUUUGCAUCCUGCUCCUGUAAAAUGUAGUACUCAGCAUGCAUUGAGAUGAAAAAUAUAAAGUGAUAUGAUUAUAGUAUCCCCAUGGGGGAAUAUUGAAAGUGAAUUCCAGAAAGGCUCAAGAAAUGCAGCAAUAAUAAUAUAUAGUAUGUGAAAAAAUAUGUGAAUAAAUUAUUAUGC